AUUCAUGGUAACUUAUAAACUCAUGUAUGAUCAUGAGUGGAUUACAUCAAGAGCAUCAUUCUCUUUAGAAGAAAGAUCUAAAAAAAAUUCGAAGCAAGAUCUUCGAAAAGAAUAUGAGAACUGA